CCAUUUUCAAAAAUGUCUGAUUCUUCAGAAUCGUCGAAGUCUAAUAUCGAUCCCCAAGAAAGAGAGGAUAGCAAGGAAGAGAAAAGAUCUCUACAGAAACCCAUUGAGCCUGCAGAGGAAUUCUCACAUAUUAGUAAUGGACACUCAAAACAAAAUGAAAGUAAUUCUGAUGUACUGGAAAGAGUUAUCAAGUCUUUUGGAAGGUAUGUCCCUACCACAAGGGAGCAUCUUCCGUACACUACCAAAUUUGGAAAUGAAGGAUACCUAAAGAAAUUAGACCUAUCAGAGAUCAAGUUCGGGAGAAAAUAAAGCCCAUAUCGACACACUCUGUGAUUUCUUGGUCACAUGAGUGGAACUAAAGGAGCUCAAACUGAACUAUUGCCAUAUCAAUCAACCAAAGUGAUAUAAUAGAGUCAUUAAAUCUCUGAAGGAGCUAUAUAAGCUCCAUGUGGUUGAAAUGGUCCAAGACUGGUCAGAAGACCAAGUCACUGUUUAUAUGGACAACUAUAAGGAACUCUUAUCAAUCUUUAAGAGGAUUGUCAGUGUAUAUAAAUUUAAAUUCCUUUCUGAAGAGCAUUUAAAAUAUUACGAAGUGGAGCACUCAGAGCUAGAAAAAGAACUCAGUCUUAAUAAAGAUAUUGUAAAGACUCAUAAAGGCAAUGAUUUAAUUAACUGUACAAAAGUUGCUGCCAAGCAUUCCAAAAUAUGAAUGGCCAUGUUCAAAAUAAUCUCAUUCAAUUUGGUUAUCUCAGAGGAAGACUGGGAAAUUUUAAUUGAGGUGCUUUCUCAAGAGGAUAACAAAGUCUUUGGGCUUGACUUCUCAAGGGCUAACCUCAGAAGUUACUUUAAGAAGUUCCUCGAAGUUAUGAGAACUGAUAAUCUUUAUUUAUACGUGGAUCAAAUCAUUUUUGGAAAAGUCAAUCUUUCUACAAGGAAGAUGAUCAAACUUGCAAAUUUCUUACUAAUCUACUAUUCUGAGACAGAGAACCCAAUGCCUACAAGUAUGAUGUCAUAUGUUCUAAAAUGUGAUGACAACUAUCAGUGCUCUAGAAUCCUUGAACUAAAACGGAACCAGAUCAGGAAGAGCUCAGUGAAUCAUAAGAUUCACGCUGGAGCUCCUUUUGGUGUAAAAUAUAACAGAGACAAUCAUUCCAAAAAUGCCAAUAACGCAAGAGAUUUUUCAAGAAAUAAAGAAAUUGCUGUUGCGAAUAGCGUCUCUGAUAUCGAAAACUCUAUAGUUGACGAUCCCAGGAAGGAAAGAGUCUUGAAAAUAGAUAUGAAAUUACAGAGGAAUCUUUCCGUUUUUGACUACAAAAUUCUUUAUGCUAUCCAUAAACAAUGUGCAGUACAGAUGGAUAUUGAUAUCGUUGGGAAUUAUUAUAAGGAGCCAAAGAAGUUUAACCCCAAUAUAUGGUUUUCUGAAAUCAGAGCUGUGAUUCAAGCAAUGGACUAUUAUAUGGAACCUGAAGAUCAAAGAUUCAUCAACUUUAGGCUGAUGAUCUUCUUCUCAUACAUAAACUUCUUUAUUAUCCUGAUUGCCUGCCUUACUAUCCCACCGAUUCAUAAAGAAAACUGUGGAAGUGGGAUUUCCUGGAAUGGUCAUUUUAUUAUGUGGGCUCUAUGUAUUUUAAGCAUUUUUGUAGAAAUAUUCCUCUUUUAUUGAGCUAUACCUAAGGACAUACUCAAGAAAAUACUUAAAGAAGCUAUAGGUGACCAGAAAGAAAGUGCAAAUAAAAAGAUUGUUACUUUGCUAGCAAUAGUAAUGAAUGGAUGGUUCUUUGUAUCUGGAUUUAUUGCAAAAGCCGAUCUUUAUACUGAUAUAACGUUUGCAUUAGAAGCCAGAGAUUGAGGAUAUCCUGCUGUAGCUGUCUUAAGUUUAAUUUUCUUUGUGUUAUCCAUUUCAUACCAAUUAUAUUCGUUCUUUAAGUUACUCUUCUAUAUCCAUAUAAAGAACUCUGCAUAUCCCGUCUCAGAGCAAGCAGCAAGGCUGCUUCUUUGAGGAGAAUUCAGAUGACUGGCUUUAAUAAUGGAAAGAUUUUCAUUGACAUAUUACACAAAAUUCUUUGGCAAAAAGGUGCAUAUUCCAAAACUCUUGGCAUUCUUAAAAUGUUUCUUUGAGGAUCUGCCUCAAUUCUUUAUUCAACUCUACUUUAUCAUAUCCAAUGAGAAAGACUCUCUCACGGUGUAUAUGUCUAUUUUCAUAAGUUGCUGUUCGCUUGUAAUCUCUUUUAUUGCUUUCUUAAUAGCUACGACCAGUAUUCUCUCAAACGAAAAGCUUGACUACAUCAUGAAGCAAGGGGUGGUCAGGAAUAUUGAGUACAACACCAACAGGCCUGAAGACAUAGAGGAUUCUGAUACCCAAAGAGAGAAGGAACUCCAAGAACUACACGACCAAAGAGACCUACUUUCUGAGAUUGAAUCCUUGCCCACAGAGAACAAAGAGCAAAAACUUUAUAAAGACAAAAUGCGGUUCCAAGCUAAGUAUAAAAUGGAGGUCGAGUCUGAAUUUGGUCGCCACUCCGAGAGAGAACUCCGGUCAAUACAGGAGGAGCUUGAAGAAGCUAGUGAAGGGUUCAAUAUUGAGUUUGAGCAGAAGUAUAAUUCUAAGAAUUUCUCAAAAACAGAGAAGUGUAUUGAAUAUAAGAAGCUUAAAAAUAGUGAAGCUAAAAUUAAUGAGCGAAAUAAAAUACCUUGGAACAAAGAGACUAAGGCCCAAGAAGUCAAAAUACUAGAGCCUAAACUCAAUAGUUCUAAAUUCUCAGAAGAGAAUAGUCCAAAGAGGAAAUCACCUCUAAAGAAGCCGAAGGAGAAGAACCAGUCAUGGCUUGGAAAAAUAAAGAAUACUUUUCUAGGAAAUAAUGAAAUAAAACCUGAAGAGAGUGGUAUAGAAAGCAUGAAUCAUUCAAACUCGACUAAUAAUGGGCAAAAAUCACCAAGAAAACUCGAAGAGGAUAAAUCAAACAAUAAUGGUCAAAUUUUGCCCAUAAAUGCAUUAUCCACCCAGCAAAACUUCUAUGGAACUCGGGCUUCUAUAAGUUGUAAAAAAUCAGGAACACAGGAUUCAAAAGACCAAAAGGCUGACCUCUCUGAUUCUGUAGAUGAGUCUGUCCAGAGCAGAGAAACAAUAUUCCAAAAGAUCACCAAUCAGAUGCAGGAUCAUAAAUCUAAUAAUAGUAAAGAGUAAUAUUCAGUGA